AUGUUGGACUACGCUGUUUCUGUCAUCGAUGGAGAUCGACCCUCAGCGCGAGGUGGACACACGGCGACCAUGGCCGAAAACCAGAUAGUAAUUUUCGGGGGUUCAUGUUACACUACAGGCGGAAACUUCGCCUAUUACAACGACACAUAUGUUCUAGAUACAGAAAAUCGCCUCUGGCAUAAAGUGCAGUGCUCCGGCGAUGCGCCACCGCCUCGAUAUGGUCAUUCCGUUGAACUUGUUGGUUCACGUAUGUUUGUCUUUGGAGGACGGGGUGAAUCUGGAGCUCUGCGGGACACUAGCUUCCUCGAUCUUGUCGAGUGGACUUGGGUACCCGUCUCAGUGACAAGUGCGAGUCCAUCGCCUCGAUUUUUUCACGCGUCGCUGCUUGUUGGGAGGAAGAUUGUCAUUCAUGGCGGUUGGGAUGGACGUACACACUGCAUGGGUGAUCUAUGGGUCUUUAACUCCGACACCUUCACCUGGGUACAGCCGAAAUCCGCGGGGAUUUUGCCGUCCCCGCGAUAUGGGCACACUCUUGAUCUACUUAGUGAUGGUAGGAUUCUCUGUUAUGGCGGCUGCAAUGUGAGCUUGAAGGACCCCGUGCCCGAGUAUUACAAUGACCUGCGCCAACUUGAUACGGAGACGAUGAUUUGGACGAAACCUGCAAUCGGUGGAAGUUGCCCGCCAUCAAAAAGGUAUGGCCAUGCCACUGCUCAUAUGGACUUCGGCCUUGCGCUCUUUGGAGGCUGGGGUAUCGGCGGUCUUCAGAAUAUGGGCUGCAAGCAGAAGGGUGCAGGCUCAUUCUACUUUCUAAAAGUCACCUCCGAUGGAACCGGUUCCAACACCAACGAGUGGAUUCUGCCUCAUGCUCCUGCCACGCUGCCUAUGCACAAAUAUGGCCACACCAUGACCACAGUCGGUGGUACCCUAUACAUCUUUGGUGGUUGGAAUGGCAAACAGGCAACUUCGGAUCUUAUCGAACUGCAAUUUUCGUUUUGA